AUGUCUGUAAACUAGAUAAUCGAAUAAGUACUUGUAAGUAUGUUGGAUUUUGAGAACACAGACUUCAAGUUAUCGAAGAAGUCUCAGAUACUGGAAUUGAUUGAGAGAGAUGAAUUAUUGGUGAUGGAAAGACAAUGGCCUGCAAAACGAUUAAAUAUGGUGGAGUUCAUAAAAUUGAUGAUUCCGAUAGUGCAUCAUAAAUAGAGUGAACUUCUAUAUUUAGUGAUGGGAUUGAUUGAAUUAUAUAAAGACGUUGUAGCAAUAAGUUAAUAGAAUGAACUCAGCUUGUAAGAUGUUACAAGUUACGUCUGUUAAGUAGAUACAAGUGAAAAUACUAUGGUGCCAUAACGUUUGAUAUCGGAUCCGAAGAAAUUCAACUUGAACAAAACAAGGAUCAGAGAAAUAGAUGUGGAAUCAGCCAAAAUUAUCGGUAGCAAUGAUAAUGAGAUAUUUCAUAUAGUUCCAAAUUCAUUGUAAAAUGACUCAAUCAGACAUCAUAAUGGUAUUGUUCAUACAGGAGUAUAUUGCAACAAACAAAUUAUAACACUUGAUAGUUUGGAUUCAAAGAUUAAUAUCUAUCAUGUGGAUGGUUCAUUGAAACAAAUGGUUAAGAUAUCAUAACAUGAAGACAAAGAAACCAUCAUUUUGAGUUUUGCUUGGUCUGAUAGAUAACAGAGAAUUGGUUUGACUCUAAAAUCACAUUCCAUCUGUAUGUAUGAGGGUGACUUCAAAAAAUAUAGAAUAUUCUCUACUGUUUUGGCCUCAUAAGAAUAUCAAACAAAUAUUUGGUUUUUAGAGAACCAGAAUCAAUGGAUUACCACAGAUAGCACUUUUAGAUUAUACUUUUGGGAUCUAUUAAAUGAGUCGGCUAGUCUAAUCUUUUAGAAUAAAUGCAUCUAAGGAAAUAUUAUUGAAUGUGUUGAAGUUGUCCAUAUGAAAAUGAUUGCAACUGCCUCCUUAGAUAAAUAAGUGGCCUUAUGGGAUAUCCAGAAUGGAGAAAUCAAAAUCACAUUAUCACUCAAGGACAAUGGGGGUAUUCAUAGUUUAGUCUAUUCUUACUACUAUUAAGUAUUCAUUACAUGUGGAUAUUCAACAUACAUAAAUGUUUAUGACAUCAAUCCUAAAUAUCACGAUGUAACUCAGAUUGGUAAAAUGACAGGACACACUUCUAUGUUAACAUCUAUUCUCAUGGUUGGUAAGUUACCUGUAUUGGUUUCAGGUGAUGACAGCGGAUCCUUAAGGCUGUGGGAUAUUAGAACUUUUUCAUGUCUAUAAUCUCUUAAUUUUGGAAAGAAAACUCAAAUUACUAAAAUUUUGGAUAUGUCAGAUAUUAAUAUGUUAUGUUUUCUUGGGUCAAGGGUUAAUAUUCUUAAAUUGGAUAUCAGACAUAAUGAGGAAAUUGAAAAUUAUGCUGUUAAAGUGGAAUUUGAUCAAUAAAGAGAUGAGUUAAUUGUUGCCACCAAAAAAUAAAUUAUAUUCCUUGAUAUUUAUACUGGAAAAAUUAAAACAAUUUUAAAUGGAUUAUUGUCAGAAUCUGAGGAUGAUAUUACUUAAUUUAGGCCUCUUAAUUAUUUUAAUAAAUUCAUAUUGGCUGAUUCAAAAGGUAAUGCUAAAAUCUACCAUCAUAAUGGUGAGUACAUCUCUUCAUUAAAAGGACAUUCAGAUAUUAAUGUCCUAAAGUUAGAUAUUUUAAAUAAAUUAGUUAUUACAGCUUGUUAAGAUAGUAUUUUAAUUCAAAAAAUGACUGGGGAAAUCCUUAGAGAAAUUACUCACUUCGAAGCUUCCCAAUUAGAAUUAUCAGUUCAUCAUUCUCUCAUUUUAUUAUCAUAGGGCUCUAAACUAUUUUAUAUCGAUUAUGAAUUUGUCAAAUGUCUGGGAGUCCUUGAAUUUGAUGCUGAAAUCACUAACAUAAUUAUCAUAGCUAAUUAUCCAUUAUUAGCAGUCUCCACAAUAUAAGGGAAAGUAAUAUUUGUUAAGUUCAACAUCAAAGAGCACAUUUAAGUUGAAUCAGAAAUAUUUGAUCUCUACGAUGUUGGGUCAAACAAUUAUAUCACUGAAGAGACUGAAUAAGAAUUUGUUACCAAGAUGCUAUUUAAUUUAAAAGAACUGGAGUUAUUACUUGCAACUUCAGAAAGCAAUGUUAUUAGAAUUUCUUUGAAUUUGGAUAACCUAGAAACAACAGAACCAAUCCAUGAGAGAAUCAAUUACAAUCCUCUCAGGAAGGCCAGAGAAUAACUAUCUUUAGGCGAAACCUAAAAGAUCGUCAUACCUCAAAAUUUUACAAGCAUCAAAAACUUACACAUGUUUAAGGUUUCCAAAAAACAGAUCAUUUCUAUUAGUUUCUUAGAAUUAGAUAAUAGAUACAUUCUGAUUUCUACUAGUGAUGGAUAAAUAUCAAUCUUCGAUCUAAUUGGAAGUCUCAUUGCUUUGUAUAAUAUUAAUCAUCCUUUGCCAAUCAAAUGGAACAUAUAAUAUUCAAAACAAGGAGAAUUGAGGAAAAGAAUCAUAUAUGGUUUCAAAGUCAUUGAUAUUUUGAGAAAGUAAUCCAAAUCAGAGAAGGAAGCUGAAUAAUACAGUCUAGUUGAAUCUCUGGCAGUCACUGGCAAAAUUCAAUUAAAAUCGCCAAAGUAAUAUAAGGCUACUGUCAUGAGAGACGAAUUCAGUCCUAGAGAUCUCAAGUUUACUAAAAUUAGACAUCUCUACUAAGCUGAAAUACAAGGUCCCACUCUUAAAUAACUUGAGGCUCAAAGAAGAUUAUUGGAAGUUUAGAAUAUGUUUAGAGAGGAUUCAAAAGAUCCAAAAUUAGACUUUAUGCUCAAAUAGAAAGAGAGGGAAAGAUAAAAAGCUAUUGAUAGGGCUAGCAAUUUAAACUUUUUAGAUCCUGAAUUUAGAGACAAAUCUUUAUUAAAUACUAAAUUCUUUUAAAAUAAUUAAUAUCUUACUAAUCUAAAUUAAAGACUAGAAAAUACAGAAAGAUAGGAUUAUUCCUAACACACAAACAAGGAAGUCAACAAUAAUAAGUAAAACUUAUCUCUUCCAAUAACCAAUCGACAUCAUAAAUCUAUCACUAAAAAGAAAUCUGUAUCUGACUUUUACCAAUAUGCUGUUGAAAAGAACUUAUUUAAUAACGAUCAAAAUACUAUUGAUACUUUUGCAUCAUAGAGUAGUUUGAGACCCAUUCAAAUCAGCACCAAUAGAUAAAUUAAGUCUAUUGGGUCAUCAUUGAUAUCGAGUGAUUUGACUUGGCACGGAUAACAUCGAUAACAGCAAAAAGAUUUAUCUACAGUGCUACAUAACUUAAAUUAAAAACUCAGACUUAGCAAAAAUGCUUAAAUCAAUGAACCUAUCUUGAAGGAUAUCUCUAAAUCAGAUAUUACAUUUGAAGAACAAAUCGAUGAGUUUACAAAACGACACAAGCUUAAAUGA